AUGGCACGGUCUUUGAAAGUGGCGGUGGUCGGAGCCGGUGUCUCCGGUCUGGUCGCCGCCCGUGAACUUCAAAGAGAAGGCCACCGAGUCGUCGUUUACGAAAAAGGAGACCGACUAGGUGGAACAUGGAUCUACGACCCUCGAGUCGAGUCCGACCCACUCGGACGCGACCCAAACCGAGAGAUCGUUCAUAGCAGUGCGUACCAGUCACUCCGGGCCAAUCUCCCUCGGCACUUAAUGGGUUUCUCGGACUAUCCGUUUGUUGUUAGGGAAAAUGGGGAUCCGAGGACUUUUCCUGGGCAUGAGGAGGUGCUCAGGUUCUUGAAUGAUUUUGCGAGGGACUUUGGACUCGCUGAGUUGAUUCGGUUUGAUUCUGAAGUUGUCCGAGUUGAGCUGCUUGACGAGUUGAGAAAUAACGAAUGGAUGGUUGAGUCGAGGACGAGUGGGCUGAGUUCAGUGGAUAUCUUCCAGGCAGUAGUAGUGUGUAAUGGUCACUACACUGAACCACAGUUAGCAAAUCUUCCAGGCAUUGAGAAAUGGCCAAGAAAGCAAGUACAUAGUCACAAUUACCGUGUUCCUGAACCAUUUCGGCAUCAGGUAGUGGUUAUGGUUGGAGCUGGGCCUAGUGCGGUUGAUAUAUCGAGAGAUAUUGCUAAAGUUGCCAAAGAAGUUCAUCUUUCAUCAAGAUCCUCAAAUGUUAUAGUCUCAAAAUCAAACAAAUAUGACAAUAUAUGGCAGCAUUCAAAGAUUGAAUGUGUUUACGAAGAUGGAACAGUGGCCUUUGAAGACGGAUGUCCUGUUAAAGCAGAUGUCAUUUUUCAUUGUACUGGGUACAAAUAUCGUGUUCCAUUUCUGAAAACAAAUGGAAUUGUGACAAUCGAUGACAAACGUGUCGGACCACUUUACAAGCAUGUCUUCCCACCCCAACUUGCUCCUUGGCUCUCCUUCGUUGGAAUACCUACGAAGGUCAUUGUAUUUCCCAUGCUGGAGCUACAAUGCAAGUGGAUAGCGCAUGUUUUAUCCAGUAAGGUGUCUCUUCCGUCCAAAGAGGAGAUGCUGGCUGAUGUCGAGCAACAUUACCGGCAUAUGGAGGAAUCCGGGAUCCCCAAGAAAUUGACUCAUCAAAUUUAUCCACAUGAGAUUGAGUUCUUUGACUGGAUGGCUGCUCAAGUGGGAAUACCACCUCUGGAGGAGAAGAGAAAAAGGUUAUACAUACAAAUUUGGAAGAUGGCUACUAAUUCUCAAGCUGAGGAAUUAAGGGACGAAUGGGAUUUUGAUAACUGGAUAAACCAGGCUAUUUAG